CCCAGCGCUAGGACCCAGAAGCGCAGUAGCGACGGCGGGGAAGGAAAGGCGGGGCCGGGCUCCGCGGCGCAUGCGCAGGGCCGGCGGAGGAAGCCGCGGGGCGUGGCCGCGCCUACGGAAGCCGGGCCGGGCCUCGAAGCGCGGGUGGCGGGGAAGCAGCAGCAGCAGCAGCGGCGGCCGGCGCGCCUUCCCUCCCUUCCUCCGGCCGCUCUCCGCUCCUCGGCCCCGCGGCUCCGGCCGAGGCUUUCAAGGCCGCUUCGCCGCGCCGGAUCCGCCCGCCGGGCCCUUGCAGGGCGUUUCGCACUCGGCACCCCGGAGGCCCGGAGCCAUGGCCGCGAGCUGACCCGGCACCCCGGACCGGGCUGAGGAUGAGCUGCACUGCGUCCCUGCGAGGGAAGAUCUCCGGGGCCUUCUACCAGCACGGCUUGCGCUGUGCCUCCUGCCCGAUUCCCAUCAUCCUCUUCACCGGACUCUGCGUCCUGGCCUGCUGCUACCCGUUGCUCAAGCUCCCGCUUCCUGGCACGGGGCCCGUGGAGUACACCACCCCGGUGAAGGACUACUCCACGCCUCCCCCCUUCCCGGCCGGCCAGCAAGGAGAGCCCAGCGAGCGCCCCGACGGGUACUCCGGAGCCCCCGUGGCCUACAUCCAACAGGUCCUGGUGAAAGCCACCGUUUCCCCGUGGCCGAAGACCUUCCUGCCCAUCGACGUCUUCCGCUCUCCGCUUGCCCGGGUCUUCCAGCUGGUGGAGGAAAUCCGCAACCACGUUUUGCAAGACGGUUCCCGGAUUCAAAGUUUGGACGACACCUGCCUUCAAGUGACCGAUCUCUUGCCCGGCUUGAAGAAACUUCGGGGUCUGCUCCCCGAACAUGGCUGCCUUCUUCUCUCCCCGGCGAAUUUUUGGCAGAACGACCAGGAGCGUUUCAGCGCCGAUCCCGAUAUCAUUAAAACUGUACACCAGCACGAGCCCAAGACCUUGCAGACGUCGGCUACGCCAAAAGAUCUCCUGUUCGGCGUGCCGGGAAAGUACAGCGGGGUGAAUCUCUACAACCGGAAGCGAGUGGUUGUCUACGCCAUCACUUUGGGUCUCCGGCAUUAUGACGCGAGGUUUCUCGCCAGCCUCCGCUCACGGCUGACGCUGCUACAUCCCAGCGCCAAUAGCAGCCUCCAGGAACAUCAGAUGAUCCACGUCCAUUUUAAGGAAGAAAUCGGCGUUGCCGAACUCAUCCCGCUGGUGACCACCUACGUCAUCCUCUUCGCUUACAUCUACUUCUCCACGCGCAAGAUCGACAUGGUGAAAUCCAAGUGGGGUCUGGCUUUGGCGGCCAUCGUGACGGUGCUCAGCUCCCUGCUCAUGUCUGUCGGGCUGUGCACGCUCUUCGGCCUCACACCGACGCUCAACGGAGGGGAGAUUUUCCCCUACUUGGUGGUUGUGAUCGGCAUCGAGAACGUGUUGGUUCUCACCAAAUCGGUGGUGUCCACGCCGGUCGACCUGGAAGUGAAGCUGCGCAUCGCGCAAGGUCUGAGUAACGAGAGUUGGUCCAUCAUGAAGAACAUGGGCACCGAGUUGGGGAUCAUUCUGAUUGGCUAUUUCACCUUCGUCCCGGCCAUCCAGGAGUUCUGCCUUUUCGCCGUGGUGGGCCUGGUCUCCGAUUUUUUCCUCCAGAUGUUCUUCUUCACCACCGUCCUGUCGAUUGACAUCCGUCGGAUGGAGCUGGCCGAUCUCAACAAACGGCCCCCCGCCGAAGCCUGCCUCCCGCCCCCCAAGCUCGGCGCCCGCGGCCUGCGGUACGAGCGCCAGCCGGCUAUGCGCCCGGCUACCAUGCAUACCAUCAACCUCCAGACCUCGUCUCUGCGUAACCUCCGUCUGCCCAAAAGGCUGAGGGUGGUCUACUUCUUCGCCCGGACUCGACUGGCCCAGAGGAUCAUCAUGACUGGGACCGUGGUCUGGAUCGGCAUCCUGGUUUACACCGACCCAGCGGGCUUCCGCCUCUACCUGGCUUCCCAGGUCACGGAGCAGAGCCCCCUGGGCGACGCCGGUCUGCCCGUGCUGCCGGUCCCUGGUGAGGUCCUUCCAACCGGGGACGCCAAGUUAUCCCUCUCGGUCUUCCCGGCGGACGCCGGGCGGCCGCCUCCGCCGCCCUUGUUGGAGAACCUGACGUCGGAGUCGGCGCGGCGGCGGGCGGCGGGGCGCCGUGCCGAGGAGCCGCUGAACGCCAGGAGCCGGGGUCACCCGGAGGUGGGCUCCACGGCGGAAGUGACCUGGGGGGCCGAGGACGAGGAGCUGUGGAGGAAGCUGUCCUUUCGGCAUUGGCCCUCGCUGUUCGGCUACUACAACAUCACCCUCGCCAAACGGUACAUCAGCAUCCUUCCGGUCAUCCCCGUCACCCUCUACCUGGAUCCCCAAGAGGCUUUGGAGGCACGUCACCCCCACGAAGCCAGCCGGUACCCCUCCCCCUCCUCCUCCUCGGGCGUCGUAAGAGCGGAGCAAGCUGACCGGCUGGCCGACGAGAAGCCCAAAGGACACACCCCCCGCGACGUCACCCUGUAUAAGGUGGCCGCCCUCGGCCUGGCGUCCGGCAUCCUUUUGGUGCUCCUCCUGUUUUGCCUCUACAAAGUCUUGUGCCCCAAGAACUACGGCCAAAACGGACUUUCUCACAGUCGGCGGCGGCGAGGGGAUCUCCCCUGCGACGACUACGGAUACUCGCCGCCCGAGACGGAGAUCAUUCCCCUGGUCCUCCGGGGCCACCUCAUGGACAUCGAAUGCCUGGCGAGCGACGGGAUGCUACUCGUCAGUUGCUGUCUGGUGGGCCAGAUCCGGGUGUGGGAUGCGCAGACGGGAGACUGCCUGACAGUCAUUCCUAAGCAAGGCCUCCGCCGGGACGACAGCGGCCGCUUCGACCUCCCCCACGACCUUUGGGAUUACGGUCCGGAUGGCCGGAGCAGCGGGCCGGAAGACCCCUGGGACGGCAGCCCCCCUUUCCGACGGGCCCGCAGCCCCCCGCCCCCUCUCCUCUUCAGCGACCAACCGGAUCUCUCCUCCCUGAUCGACACCAAUUUUUCCGAGCCAGGCCCAUCCGGAACGCCGGGAGCCCGUCUCCGGACUCUCGGCCUGCGCUCGGAGGGCUACGACUUCCGAAGCCUGGUGGGCCAGGUGCGCGAGGAGCCGCCGGGACCCCUCCCCGACGGCCCCUCCUUCUCGGCCCGCCGGAAGGGCGAGGGUCCCGAGUGCGAGAGCCGGCGACGGAGCAGCUGGGGAGACGUGCCCCUGCCGGCUCCGGAGAAGGCCGCCCCCCCUCCUCCUUUUCCGUGGGGGUCCCCCUCGGAAAGCUCCAUCUGGAGCCUGGAGCUGCAGGGGAAUUUCAUUGCGGCCGGCCGGAGCAACGGGAGGCUGGAGGUCUGGGACGCAAUUGAGGGGACCCUGCAGUGCAGCAGCGAGGACGGCCCGUCGGGGAUCACCUCGCUGGUCUUCCUGAGUGACAGGAUCGUGGCUGCCAGGCUGAACGGCUCGCUGGAUUUCUAUUCCUUGAGGACCCCCCCAUCCGUGCACCCCACUCCCUUCCAAGCCCCCCCAGGCAGGAACAGCCUCCCGUCCCCGCCGGUCUACAGCGCCAGCGACCUCCUUGCCUGUCACCUGACCCACACGGUGACCUGCGCUCACCAAAAGCCCAUCACCGCCCUGAAGGCCGCGGCCGGACGAUUGGUGACCGGCAGCCAGGACCACACGCUCCGAGUGUAUCGUCUGGAGGACUCGUGCUGCCUCUUCACCCUCCAAGGCCACUCGGGCGCCAUCACGGCCGUCUACGUCGACCAGACCAUGGUGCUGGCGAGCGGGGGCCAGGACGGCGCCAUCUGCCUCUGGGACGUGCUGACGGGCAGCCGAGUCAACCACAUCUGCGCGCACCGGGGCGACGUCACGUCCCUCACCUGCACCACCUCCUGCGUCAUCAGCAGCGGCUUGGACGACGUGAUUAGCAUCUGGGACCGGACCUCGGGGAUCAAACACUACUCCAUUCAGCAGGACAUAGGCUGUGGGGCCAGCCUAGGUGUGAUCUCAGACAAUCUGCUGGUGACCGGCGGUCAGGGCUGCGUCUCCUUCUGGGACAUUGGCUACGGCGACUUGCUACAGACCGUCUACCUGGGCAAGAGUAACGAAUCGCAGCCGGCCCGGCAGAUCCUGGUGCUGGAGAACGCAGCCAUCGUCUGCAACUUCGGCAGCGAACUCAACCUGGUUUAUGUACCGUCGGUGCUCGAGAAGCGAGACUGAAAGGGUGGGCAGAUGAAGAGGACUGGGAAGCCCCCUCCCCACCCGUCCCACCUCCUCGAGCACCUCCUGGUCACGCGGCGAUACGGGGAAGACGGUUGGCAGACUUUUCUGUCCAGUGGAGAACGGGAAGGAGGCCCAUGCCAAAUCUUCCAGGCGUGGGUCUUCUCUGGAUUUGGGGCGAGGCGGGAUAAGGCCAGGUCCGCCAUUCUGGAAAGGCUGCAAUGGGUGGACACUGGGGAACAACAUUUGGCGAGCCAUGCAAGAGUCUUUACAAUGGGUGGACACUGGGCAACAACACUUGGCGAGCCAUGCAGGAGAGUUUUUACAAUGGGUGGACACUGGGCAACAACACUUGGCGAGCCAUGCAGGAGAGUUUUUACAAUGGGUGGACACUGGGCAACAACACUUGGCGAGCCAUGCAGGAGAGUUUUUGCAAUGGGUGGACACUGGGCAACAACACUUGGCGAGCCAUGCAGGAGAGUUUUUGCAAUGGGUGCACACUGGGCAACAACAUUUGGCGAGCCAUGCAGGAGAGUUUUUGAAAUGGGUGGACACUGGGCAACAACACUUGGCGAGCCAUGCAGGAGAGUUUUUACAAUGGGUGGACACUGGGGAACAACAUUUGGCGAGCCAUGCAGGAGUCUUUACAAUGGGUGGACACUGAGGAACAACAUUUGGCGAGCCAUGCAGGAGAGUUUUUGCAAUGGGUGGACACUGGGCAACAACACUUGGCGAGCCAUGCAGGAGAGUUUUUGCAAUGGGUGCACACUGGGCAACAACAUUUGGCGAGCCAUGCAGGAGAGUUUUUGAAAUGGGUGGACACUGGGCAACAACACUUGGCGAGCCAUGCAGGAGAGUUUUUACAAUGGGUGGACACUGGGGAACAACAUUUGGCGAGCCAUGCAGGAGUCUUUACAAUGGGUGGACACUGAGGAACAACAUUUGGCGAGCCAUGCAGGAGAGUUUUUGCAAUGGGUGGACACUGGGCAACAACACUUGGCGAGCCAUGCAGGGCAGUUGCGGCAACCUUGCAGUGACGUUUCAUUUUUGGUCCGUUUGGGCAGAUUCCGAAAGGAUCUGCUUAGGAAGGCAUGGGAGGGCUCCCCUAGUGCUGUCUUAGCCGCCCCCGUUCUCUCCCGAGCUACUCUGGUGAGAUUGCAAGGAUGCAGUUGGGGGCCUUGGAAGUCUACGGAAAGAAGUUAGGAAACGAGUGACACCGAUUAAACCAUCGCAAGCCUGGGCCAGCGAGCUGUGGCCGGCAUGAAAAGUGCACAGUUACUCCCUGUCGUAUUUAUUUCUGCUGUACAUAAUUAUUUAUUCCGGCACAUAAGCUUGCAGGGCAGAGAAGCUGGCUGUCGUAAACCAAGAUCCCCAAAAGUGGGUCGCUGGCUGCUGCAAACCUAGGCUUGAGGACCAGGGAUGGGGUGCCACCGAUUCCCCUGCUGUUAUUGAGCCACGAUGGUUUUUUUCAGGAACUAGUGACAUUUUUUCGGAAACACAACAGCUCUCAGCGAGCAGAAACGGCUUAGCAUCAUUAGUCGAGUUUUCUGUUCCAAAGAUCCAGCGAGGAGGAUAACUAUGAGCUUAGUUUGCCUGCUAAGCCGAUGUUGGUGCCGUGCCGGAGGAAUCGAACCGGAAUGGCAAAAGAAGGGAUCAUGGUUGACGAGAAGACAUGAGGAAUGUUCGGGAAGAGCGAGCCAGAAUACGUGGGUUUUAUUUUUUUUCUUAAUUUAAAGCCAUUCACGUAGGAACUAGUUUAUUUAUAAUUUAGGAGAACUUGUAGGGAGGUGUGUGCCUGCUCGCUGGUGGAAGAAGGCUCGGGGGGGGGGGGGUUUGCACCCGAGACCGGAUGGGAUGGGCCAUGGUAGAGCUGGACCAUUCCACUGUUUCUCAACCAUGGCCAUUUCCAGAUGUGUGUUUCUCAUGGCUAGUUGGGGGUACCGGCAGUCCUCGAAUUACGACCGUAAGAGAGCCUGCCCACGAUGGUUGUAAAACAGGUCACCCACACAUUUACAGCAGCCCACCAUCCUGCAACCGGCUCCGACACGGGACAUUUUGUUCAGCGGUGGGGAAACAAACACCGCAAUAACCACGCAAACCCGUUGCUCGCUAUGGCACAAUGACGCCGAAAACUGGACAUGCUUUGGGGCAAACGGUUGUAAAUCACAGCAGGAUGGUUCAUGGGAGGCUGCAAAUAGGGUCGGGUGAUCACGUAACCGUGAUGGGGAUGGUGGCCGUCAGAACUUCAGAUCCAAUCCCCUUAUUUGGGGUUGUCAGUCGUUAACUCCGAACGGGCGCUAAGAGACGGGGCCGUAAAUCCAGGACUGCCUGUAUUUUGAAGGUUGAAAUCCGUGCAACGUUCAAGCGGCAACGGGCGAGGAAGACCGCAGCGCUGUGCAAAGCAGGCCAGACGCAACCCUUCUUCCCUGCCCUGCCACCCCUCUCCCCCCCUCCCCGGAUUGGGGUCCGGUGCCCAUACGAUGCCUCCAGUGGCCUUAGCUCUGCUGUACCCUUUCGAUUGUACGGUAGAUGCUGCUUUUAUACCCGAUUGUGUUUUGUAACGUGGACAGGCACAAAACAGAUUAAAGAGAACUAACUUCA